UCCGGAAGGUGUUCGAGGACGUGGCAGUGUAUUUCACACGGGAGGAGUGGGAUCUGCUGGAAGAGGAAGACAAGGGGCUUUACCAGGACCAGAUGCUGAGGAACUACCAAGCCCUCCUUUUCCUGGGAUAUCAAGGCCCUGCCCCUGAACUGAUCUGCCGCAUCCAGCGAGGACAGGUGGAGCUCUGGGUCUGUUGUGAUGAGGACCGUGGGGCAAUCUCGAGGUUGGAGGACAUGCUGCCAGGACAUGCCUGGUUGCUGAGCAGAACUGAGGAGCCAGCUGCUGAGGAAGGGCCUGGAAAGCUGGAGCCAGCAUGGACUUCCCUGGGGAGUAUGGGUGAGGUGGAUUCCCUGCCCCCAGCAACAGACCAAUGGCACAAGGGUCAGGGGAUGCUCCAAAAGCAGGAGAAUGUAGCAGUGAACAAGGUCCUGUCUCUAUUUGGGCAUUGGAGUGAAGAACGGAAACAAGCCCGAAACAGCCCAAGGUCCAGGGAUGAAUUUGUGGUGCUGAGACACCAGAAGAGGCAGAAAGGAAAGGCCCAUUGGAGAGAGACACUGCAUGCAAGGCAAGGCAGUAUGGGGGGCCUCAGAGGGAAGCAGGAGCCCACCACCAAGCGCAGGGGGAGAGCCCACUCCUGCCCUGAGUGCAGGAAAAGUUUUAGCUGCCCCUCAGUCUUGGCUCUGCACAAAUUAAAGCAUGCUGGGGAGAAGCCCCAUUUUAGCACCAAGUGUGGGAAGAGCUUGACCAGCCUCUCUGUGCAGAGGAGGCAGCAGCCACACGGCUGCACAAGGUGUGGGAAGAGCUUCAGGCAGCCCUCCAGUCUAGCCAGGCACAGGUGCUUGCACACAAGGGAGAAGCGUCAUCCUUGCUCUGUGUGUGGGAAGAGUUUCACCUGGUCCUCUGACCUGGUCCGUCAUCAGCUGAUCCACACAGGGGAGAAGCCACAUCAGUGCUCUGUGUGUGGGAAGAGCUUCGCCCAAUCUUGGAACCUGACCAAGCACCAGCGCAUCCACACAGGGGAGAAGCCAUAUCAGUGCUCUGUGUGUCAGAAGAGCUUCACCUACAUCUCCAGCCUGAAACAGCACCAGCAUAUCCACACAGGGGAGAAGCCAUUUCAGUGCUCUGUGUGUGGGAAGAGCUUCACCCAGUCCUCCCACCUAGCUGAGCACCAGCGCCUCCACACAGGGGAGAAGCCACAUCGCUGUUCUGAGUGUGGGAAGAGCUUCACCCGACCCUCCCACCUGACCCAUCACCAGCUCAUCCACACAGGGGAGAAGCCACAUCAGUGCUCUGUGUGUGGGAAGAGCUUCACCAACCGCUCCUGUCUGACUCGGCACCAGCUCAUCCACACAGGGGAGAAGCCAUAUCACUGCUCUGUCUGUGGGAAGAGAUUCACCCAGCGCUCCCACCUAGCUGAGCACCAGCGCAUCCACACAGGGGAGAAGCCACAUCAGUGCUCUGUCUGUCAGAAGAGCUUCACCUACAUCUCCAGCCUGACACUGCACCAGCGCAUCCACACAGGGGAGAAGCCACAUCAGUGCUCUGUGUGUCAGAAGAGCUUCACCUACAUCUCCAGCCUGAAACAGCACCAGCAUAUCCACACAGGGGAGAAGCCAUUUCAGUGCUCUGUGUGUGGGAAGAGCUUCACCCAGUCCUCCCACCUAGCUGAGCACCACCGCCUCCACACAGGGGAGAAGACACAUCGCUGUUCUGAGUGUGGGAAGAGCUUCACCCGACCCUCCCACCUGACCCAUCACCAGCUCAUCCACACAGGGGAGAAGCCACAUCAGUGCUCUGUGUGUGGGAAGAGUUUCACCAACCGCUCCGGUCUGACCCGGCACCAGCUCAUCCACACAGGGGAGAAGCCACAUCAGUGCUCUGCAUGUGGGAAGAGCUUCACCACCCGCUCCUGUCUGACUCGGCACCAGCUCAUCCACACAGGGGAGAAGCCAUAUCACUGCUCUGUCUGUGGGAAGAGAUUCACCCAAUGCUCCCACGUAGCUGAGCACCAGCGCAUCCACACAGGGGAGAAGCCACAUCGCUGUUCUGAGUGUGGGAAGAGCUUCACCCGACCCUCCCACCUGACCCAUCACCAGCUCAUCCACACAGGGGAGAAGCCACAUCAGUGCUCUGUGUGUGGGAAGAGCUUCACCCAUUCCUCCCACCUGCCCCGGCACCAGCGCAUCCACACAGGAGAGAAGCCACAUCACUGUUCUGAGUGUGGGAAGAGGUUCAGCCGAUCCUCCCACCUGACCCGGCAUCAGCUGAUCCACACAGGGAAGUAGCCACAUUAGUGCUCUGCAUGUGGGAAGUGCUCCACACUGUCCUUCAGGUGGGCCUAGCCCCAGCAUGUCUACACAGCGGACAAGCCACAUGAGUGCUCUGUGUGUGGGAAGAGCUUCCCCCACUCUUUCCAUAUGGUGCAGCAGCAGCUUAUCCACAAAAGGGAGAAGCCAGAUCAGUGCUAUGAGUGUGGGAAGAGCUUCACCCCCUCUUCCAAGCUGGCCCAGCAGCAGUGCAUCCACAAAGGGGGAGAAGCCACAUCAUUGCUCUUAGUGGAGGCAGAGCUUCACCUACUCCGGCACCCUGUGCUGAACACCAGUGCAUCUACACAGGGGAGAAGCUACAUCGGUGCUCUGAGUGUUGGAAAAGCUUCCCCCAUCUCUCCCACCUGUCCCAGUAUCAGCACAUCCACACCCAGAAGCAUCUCUAUUUCUGCCAGCCGUGCAGGAAGCCCUGGGAGAUGUCUUCCUGCUCAGCACCCACCAGUGCUGCAUUCGGACAAGCACCCUCAUGCUGGUGACCUGAACAAAGAGUUCCCCCAGGCUUUGUCCCUUGUAGGGCACAGUGGGAGUCCAGAACCCAGACACUCACCCCCAAGUUUUGAUUGUGGGGAAGGGGUAAGAAGAAACACCUCAGGCAGAGAUCAGCCCCAACGAAGGGGAGAUGAGAUUUGUUUUUUGUAAAAAUAUAUUUCUCUCUCUAUA